ACAGCGGAGAGAUGGAGACACCGCUCCGCUCUCUUCUUUGGAGUGCGUGCGUGUGCGUAAAACCGGUGCGUUCCCGCCAUAGGAAAGAACGAAAGGAUUGAUAUGGAGGAAACCGGGGGUGCACCACUCUCAACCAAGGACGUAAUGACUUUUUGAGGCGAUGUCUGUCACUACUGUCCUCUCUGUCUUUCGUCCUGGUAAAGAUUGUGCGCCGCUGCUGCUGCUGCUGCUGAGGAGGGCUUUCCGGAUGUGCAACAACUCCGGUCGUUCCUAUCAACCCGCAGCCGGCCCGAGCUGCCUCUUCCCCCGCUUUUCUCACCUCUCCUCUGCCGCUGCUGGAUGGACAGGACCCCGGCGUGUUGUGUGGAUGAAUGCUGGGGAUCUGCGCUUUGACGUCCUUCGCGCCUCUAAUCGGCUCUUCAAGGAAAUAUGGUGAGCAAGGAGGACACCCAAUGCAACGUGGUGUCGAAUUCAGAUGAGUCCGAUUGCGAGACCGCCCAGUCGCACAGCUUCAACGCGGAGUCCGGUACAGAGUCUGGCAAAUCACAGGUGAAGAAAAGGAACAAGGCUUUACAAGUACGCUUUAAGGACAUCUGCGAAGCCCAGAAUGAACAGCGGAGAAGGCGCUCCCGCUCAAUUUCUUGCAAAGUAACCCAUAGGAAAUAUAUGACAAUGCCUGCUCGACGCUCCAUACCCAAUGUGACUAAAAGUACUGGUGUGCAAACGUCACCGGACCUUACCAAAAGAUAUAAGACUUUUCCAUUUGAUAGGAAAAAGGGGCAUACUUUUAAACACACUGCUUUGGUGGAGAAUUAUAAAGGACAGAACAAUGGAUUUUUGAGUGAUAUUAAAACAGUUGAAGAUGGACAAACAGUUGAACAGUCUUCAAAAGUCAAAGGAAAGAUUGUUUGUCAGACUAAAGCAUUGCUCCACCACACGGAUGACAGUAGUGACACCGAGGAUCUCCUUUCUAGCGCCAACUGUCUGGAUGGCCCAUCAUGUCCGGAAUCUACGCAAUUUCCGGACGAUUGUCACCCGUGCAGCCCUCCAUCCAAAUCCCAAUCGGAAUCCCACGUUCCCACGACAAGAUCCAAACACAAAGGCAAGGAUGACAUGGACGCUAGCUCUUCCUCUUCCAAGCGCCAACUAGCCUCGGAUGGCAAAAUAAAGGGUUCCGGACCUGUUGCUUGGAAUUCUUUGACGCAUGUGGAGUCUUUGGGAAGUCCGUCUGUGAGCUGCAAGAGAAAAAAGAGUGGACAGCUAAGUGAACAGCAUUCUCAGACACUUCCGCAUAGUGCCAAAUGUUCUGUGCAAUCGCAGGGACAUUGUAGGACAAGGCAUUCUUCAGCUUCAUCUAAACUUCAGCAAACGGGACAAGGGGGCAUGGGGUUUCCCACAGGGGAUGCAGGGGCAGCCCGAAGGGAGGCUGCUGGGACAGCGAGUGGGGACAGUGAUAUCAAAGCACAGCUGCAGGCCAUGGAGACACUCAUCAACUCCAGCCAAGAGACCAUCAAGGUACUACUGGGAGUCAUACAGGAGCUGGAGAAGGGAGAGGCGCAAAGAGAGGGGUUGACGUACAGGACCGGACAGGAUACGGCUAACUGCGACACCUGCCGAAACAGCGCGUGCAUUAUCUAUAGUGUUGAGCUGGACUUCAAGCUGCAGGAGGACAAGCUGCAGCCGCUGAUGAAGAGACUGUGCCCCAUGGACACUCAGCAGUGUCCCGCUCUGCCUUACCCCAACGAAGUCUUCACCUCCACCCCAAAGAGGAAGUCCAAGUCUGAGUCCAAGAAGCACGCUCGUUGGAAACUCUGGUUCCUUUGAGGACUCUAAAGUUGUGGAAACUCCAUUUUACUGCGCACAUAGUCGUUGUUGUUCUUACGAUGAACGAAAAGAUGGGGAUUAAAACCCACAAGAAGGAAUGACACUGCAGAGGAGUUCAUUUGAGAUUCUGGAGACUAAAGGAAUAUGUUAUCUUUUUGGGGCUGGAGAGGAUGACCAUACGACUAUUCAUCUGACCAUAUUGCUUGGCAACAAGAGGAGGCACCAUGCGGCGGUCCCCUUUUAUGAGCUAAAAUCUUUGAAUGGACAUCAGCCCUGACUCCGGCAAAGCACAAACAAUUUGAAGACUGAAAGAAACAGGCAUAAAAGACUCGGAGUACAUGCCACCUCCCUCCUCUCCCUCCUCCCUAUCCACUCCUAUCAUCUUGUCUCUCUAACUCACUGCGGCUUGCGUUAACACACCUUUCUGUCUGCUUUUUAAGAUUCUUGUUUUAAGCUAGUCGUGCCAACAGCCAGCAAAGUUUUCCUGAGUCAUCCUCUCACAAAAAAAGCAGAUAUUUUUGAAAUGCUUUGUGACUUUAAGUACUCAACAGAAGUCUAUAAAAACACAAGGGUUUAUGGUAAGUGAAUUUUUAAUCCCUGGAAAAAUAUGUACUGUUUUUGAACAAAGAGUAUUUUCUACAAUGACUUCAGAGCUGUUGUUCUCCGUCAAAAUGCAAAGAUGAAAAAAAGGCUAUUUUGACAUUUCUAUGAUAUUAUACCUUGCCUGUCAUAUAGCAAAACCUUCUAUAUUUUUUAAACAAGUAUCCUUCAUGUAGCUGCGGAAUCACUUGCAAGAAAGUCGAUUUAUAUUACAAAUUUCUGUCAGAAUGCCAUCUUGUAAAGUAUAUUGUUGUUUAUUUAUUUAGUUUAAUGGAUGCACUGACCCUAUGAGUGCAGAAGGGCUAUCCACAGUGCAAAUGGGACUUACAGUGUAUGGUUUUACAACAGCAGACACCAGCUACGGGCGAAGUUCAACAUGUAGCAAAGACACUGGACUUGUUACAAAGCAGAGGCAUACACUGUGUAGAUCAUCAUUAUAGUUAUCGAUUAGAAGAUCCUUUUUUUUCAACCAGUACUAAAAGAAGCGUGAUGGACAUUUCCCAUGCAAAGAUAUGUACUACGAAAAGUGCAAUUUAGUUACGACGAUGUGCAAUAUUAUGCAUUUUUCUACUGUUUAUACAUCAUUAAAUAUUAAAAACAUUUUCAACU